UUCAUAAUUCUCAGUCUUUCAUCAUGAUUUUGACACCACGACAAUGUCUUUUUCUGACCGCAGCGGGCUGCAUCCUCUUGAUUGUUGUCACCUUGUAUCGAUACUCCCCGAUCGCGUCCUAUAGAAAGCCAGAACAGUCAGCUUCAUCCUCGUCCCCUGUUUCACCGAUCAGCCACGCAGCCAACUCGACAUUAGGUUUCCAAACAAUCUUCGCCCUCUCCGCCAGCCCCUCCUGGCGCACACGAGGCCUCCUCGCCGCCGCCAACCUCACGGGACUAGAAAUCACACUCCCUCCACAGCCUCCCAUCCCCGCCGAACUAGUCACCGCAUUCCAGACCCUGGGCGAUAGCACACACCCAACUCGCGGCGCCAGCAAAGCCUGGCUCGCGCACCUUGACCUGAUCAAGCACAUCCACCAAUCGAAUCUGGACACCGCUUUAAUCCUCGAGGACGACGUCGACUGGGACAGACGUCUCCGUGCCCAGGCCCCCCGCAUCGCCGCCGCGGUCCGCAACCUCACGCACUUCUCACCCACCGAGGACAACGACGACGCCCCCUACGGCCGGGCCUGGGACCUCCUCUGGCUCGGCCACUGCGGCGAGUACUGGGAGGACGGCAUCGAAACGGUGGUCUUCGACGACCCCACCGCCACUCCGCACGCGCAGUACUCCGGCUGGGCGAGGGAGUAUCUCGCGCGGUUGCCGGACCGCCGGCGGGCGGUGUAUCGGUCGUACAACCCUGUGUGCUCGUUCGCGUACGCGCUGUCCCGCGACGGGGCGCGGAAGGUGCUCGAGCUGGUGGGUGGUGGUGGAGAUGAGGCGUUUGAUAUCGCGGUCAUGCAUCAUUGUCGUGCCGGACGGCUGGAGUGUCUGUCCGUCGUGCCGGAGGUGGUGCAUCAGUAUUUUCCGGCGGAGCGGUUCGGGGUUAAGAGUCUGGUGGAUGUGGGGAAUGGGGAGGUGGAUGUGCCGGAAGAGGAGGGCUUUGAGGCGGUAAUGGGCUCGACGGAGAAUAUUCUGGAGAGUGCCAGGUGUUGGGCUUUGUGGCGGCAGACGUGUUUAAGGCAGUAGAUUGGACUAGAGUGUGCUAUGUGGAUUGGAUACAUGGCUGUUGGGUGUGGGGGAAAAGACGCGUCCGACCCGCGCGAGAUUAUACGGCAACUGGCACCUCUCGGAGUUGACCUCCGAUACUUUGUGCGAGCAGCGCUGCGCCAUUUAUAUUGCGGGCUACUUUUGGCUGUAUAAUGCCUAUUUUCCAUAUCUGUUGAGAGUGGAACGUGUAACAGUUGUGGAUGCUGGAUAUUGUCGACGAAAUGUUCUAGCGGGAAGCAAGAUAUAUAUGUAGACUCCGGAGGUAUAACCACCGAUUGGCAAAAACAGACAGUAAGGUUUGUCUGCACAGCUGGACACUUUCUGUCCCCCGAGGCGAGAUUUUAAGAAGCAUUUACUGUACUUGAUGAUGGUAGGGAAGGGUAGAGGGUUGUGAUGUGUGGAUAGAGGCUGUUUCUGACCUGGGGUUGAUGACUGCUGUUGGGAG